AUGGAACAGACCGCCAAUCCCGAUUCAGUCCUCAACAUAGACGUCCUCAUCAACAUCAUGUCGAUGUCAGGCCCACGCACGAUCUCCCGGCUCAUGCGCGCGUCUCGCGAGCUGUACCCCGCAGGCCCCAAGUACCUCCUCCGCCGUACCGUGAAGCUCAGGGGAGACGCAAACGUUCGUUCCUUCGUGGCCUUCAUGCGUGUGGACAGCCCUAAACGCGUGCCGCUUCUCAAACGUCUCGAAAUCUCGACCGGUCACCUCUCUGGGGCCGCCGCCGACCUCCUGGAGAAGCUUUUCCUCGACUGCGCACCGCUUUUCGAGAUCCAGCGACUCACUAUUGACCACGCGGAGGAGUUCUUCGAGUCGAGUCCGGGGAUGUCGGGCGUGUUCAGCAUGCUCCGCUCCGUCGAGCACCUCACCGUGUCCGAAAUCGGGGCCCGGGCGAACACCUUCCUGAUCAAUCUUCGGUCGCGUCUGGUAUCCGCCAACCUGUUCAUGGUCCCCCAUCCCGCCGAUGAGGACAGCCUAGCCAGCGAAGACUCGGAAGAAGAGGACGAAGAGGACGAAGAGGACGAGGAGGACGACGGCGACUUCCGGAACCCGAUCGUCCAGCUGCACGCCUCCAAGGACACGCUCGAGACGCUCAGCGUGCGCCACUGCGAUACCUUCUCCGACCUGGGCCUAGACCACGUCUACGAGCAGACCUACCCGCACGUGCACGCUCUCACGCUCGCCGCGAACGAGCUCCCCGCGACCGGGCACUACGCGCGCGCGUUCCCGAACGUGCGCACGCUCACGCUCGAGUGCGACGCGCGCGAGCUGGACGCGUUCGGCGCGGACUUCGACGACUUCUGCGCGCUCCGCAUGAUGAACACCGACCAGCUCACGCGCGCGGGCGAGGGCGCGUGGGCGGGGAUCGAGGAGGUGCAUGGGACGCUCAUCGACCACUUCUUGCUCGGGCUGCGCGGGCCUGUGGAGAGGGUGCAUGUCACGGGCGGGUACAUGGACAAGCGCAUGUGGCGCCUGGUGCUGUUGGCGUGUAAGCCGGCGUAUGUGAACUUCCAGGGGUUCGAUGUGGAUCUGUUCUUUGGCGGGGGGUUCAAGAGGCUCAUGCGCGGGAACUUGCUCGAGCCGGUGCGCUGCUUCGAGAUUAUGGUGUUCUUCGGGGGCAUGAUCGAGCCGGAGAAUGUCGACGCGCCCGAAGCAUUGGACGCCCUCAUUGACGGAAUUGCCGAAAUGUCGUCCCUGCGUUCCUUCGGGGUGACGCUCUGCUGCUACGGUCUCCAACAAAGCCUGGAGGACAUGAUGGCCAAGCUUGGCGGAAAUCCAGCGGGGAAGCCAUGUGCCGCAGAAGAGUACUUGCGCGACCUCGACCUUGAUGCAUUUGCACUACAGAUCCAGAAGAGGGUACCCCGGCUGGAGACGAUCGUGGUCUCGCUCAUCGGACACCGAAAGAGACCUGCCGCAUUUGCGACGCUGGGGGCGAACGUGGAGUACGAGAAGGGCGCGGUGGAAAGGAUACCGCUGAGGCAUGGGUCGCGCAUCACCAUGUUUGACGAGUUGGACCCCGCGAAGAUUUUGAGGAACAUGCCGUUUCUGUGA